UGACGUAGCUUCCGGUCUGUCUGCCAGUGUUGUUGGGUUACUAAAAUGGCGACAGCGGCUGUAGUAGUGACUUCCUCCGGCAAAGAUGUUGUAGCGGAGGGGCUGCUCGACCUCCUGAGACCAGCUAUCCAGCAGCUCGACGUGCAUGUACACUCAGUCAGAGAAAGCCAGGUAGAAUUAAGAGAACAUAUAGACAAUCUGGCCACAGAGUUGUGCCGGAUAAAUGAACAUCAGAAGGUGGCUCUAGACCUGGACCCUUAUGUAAAGAAGCUGCUGAAUGCAAGACGUAGAGUAGUGCUGGUGAACAACAUCCUGCAGAAUGCUCAGGAACGUCUGAGACGACUCAACCACAAUGUGGCCAAGGAGACCGCUCGGCGAAAGACCAUGCUGGAGGCUUCAGGAGUGUUCACCUCCCGCUCCCCCAGUAAACCCUGAACCUCCUCCUGCUCUGUGAACUGUCCUGACACAUCAUUACUGGAGACUGCAACAGGAGGAGCACGAGUCUUCCUUUGACGUUUGGUUAGCUGUUUGUCCAGUGACAUGCUGGCCUGCAAUGCUUUGUCUUAUGUUGUAAUCAAAAUAAACAUCCUGGCUGCUAUCUGUUCUGCGUUAGGCAGCUGUAAAAUGACAAAAUACAACAGAAUCCGCUUUACAUUUCACAAGAUAACACAUUUACUCUACAGAAUCAAUAACUACUUAAACCAACGAGCAAGAUAAACUAACACUUAGCCUGGGGUAAUGUUGGGCACCAAAAUAUCAGAUCCUUGUUUUGUAUUCAGAUGACUACAUGUACUAUAAUGCACUGGUCUGGCCACUAGGGUUGGGUCAGAUUCAUUUGAAAUUGAACCGAGACCUCAAUACAUUACACAAUCUAAUGUGAACCUUGAAAAUGUUGUACCUUUGUACUAAAAACAAUUGACACAGCCACAACAAUUGAAUUCUGCAAAAUUGUUUGUAGUUUAAACAUCUCACAACAUUUCUGAUGCACAUUUUGCAUUUUCAUAAUUUACAAUUGUUCAAAUCAAAUAAGACAAACUACAGUUGUAUUGUUUGUAUUUUGCAACAUGUGGGAUGCUGUUUCUUUUGUGUAAGUUGUUGCUGAUUUUGUAAAAAAUGUAAGUAACAUGGAGGACUUAACUCUUGAAACGCUAGUGUUAGGAACACUAACUCAAAAGGUUCAUCUUCCAUUUUUAAUGUAAAUUAAAAUGAAUUAAAACUACAUCCAUAAAUCAACAUUAAAAAACAAAUAUUCAU